CCACCUAGACUCAGCCUCCGUCGAAAGAUGAUGUAGGCUGAUGGCGGACGGUAACAUUUGGUCCAACCAGCUAGCUAGUACUGUGAUUUGGGAGGCUACAUGCUAACGUUAACCAUUAUAGGAAUGUAAAAUAAUGUCAGUAGCCAGAGGAUUAUUUUAUUAUUAACAAGAAGAUGACUGCAUUUAGUAAUUUGAUGUCAGGUGUUAAGUCAUUCGCUAACCUUAUGGUUACGAUUUAGCGCAAAAGACGUCUGGCUUGCUAGUUAGCCAUGAUAGCCGACGAGAGCUAAUGUCAAUAGAUUAAAUUGCCAUCCCACAUAUACCGAUCCAACAAGGUGGCUAACAGCAGUUAAGCAGGUCGUGACGGGCCCGUUUCCAGUGGUGUUAUGCUACGUAGCUUCUAUUAUGUACUCUAAAGAAGGAUGGAUUGCUUCACGGUCCAGUUAACCCAGUUUAGUUGGCUAGUCUGCUAGCUAACGUUUGUUCAAUUUUGCAAGAUUUAAGCAGUGGGAGCUGCAAUGUCAGCCAGCGAGAUAUACAGUUAGCUAAAAUACUAACGUUAGUUGGUAUGCAGAACUCCGCUGAACUCUUGAUUUCAUAAUUGUAACGUUAACCAGGAAAGGUUGCAUGAUCUCGCUUUUGUUACAACUGUUGAUGCAGAUGAUACCUGGGGUAGACGAACAUGGGGGGCAAAGAUGAAGACAUGUCAAACCAUCUGGUAAAUAAACAACGUACAGAUGAGGAGUUGAACGAAAAGAAUCAGCGCAACAGCCAGGAGCCCACCGGCAACAGCGCAAAAUGGGUGAAGGAGGGCCAAAAUCAGCAGCGCAAAGUGGCGGAAAAACAGCAGGACCCCAACCACAAUGAUAUUCUCAACUGGAACGAGGAUGGCUCCACAAAUCAAAACAACCAAGAUGACUUGCAGGGCAAUGAGGAACAAACUAACACAUCAUCAAAAUCACUUCGCUCCCUCCGCCUCAACCUUGAUGUAGAGUCCAAGAACAUCUUAAACGAACCUCUCAUUAUUGAAGCACUGGAUGGAGAAAAGGAUAAAGAGGAAGACAAGGAUGACAAAGAAGACAAAGGAGGGGAAUUGGACAGGGAUGAAGAGAAAGACAUCUCAGCACCAAGCCUGGGAGAGAAAAAUAUGUCUCCAACUAUCGCUGAGUCCGUGAAGGAAGAUGACCUUGGCAAAGAGGCCUGUCAGUUGUUCUCUAGUGUAAACGGAACCCCAAGCGAGGACGAUUCCAGCUGGACAACCCUGUCACAGGACAACAGUGCAGACAAAUCCCCAAAUGACAAUGGCGAAUCAGAAUCAAUCUGGGACUCCAAUGCUUUCGAGACAGACAGUGAUCUGCCCCCGGGGUGGAUGCGCAUCCGGGACACGUCAGGAACAUACUAUUGGCAUAUUCCCACGGGGACCACUCAGUGGGAUCCUCCCUUACCUUCUGACAAGGUGGAGGAGUCCACAAUGUCUUCCAGCAUGUCUUUAGAGACGACCCCCUGUGAGGAGUCAGAGAUCACUUGGGGCACUUCAACCCGUCCAAAUAUAUUUGAUGAGGAAGAGCCUUGGAAGGAGGAGGAAGUCACAUCAGAUGAGAGUCUGAAGGAGUUUGAGGGAGCUACUCUUCGCUAUGCAUCCAUCAACCUGAACUGCUCCCAGUCUGAGGAGGGCGAGAAAUGUGCCGCGCUCUGCACAAACCUGGAGGCUAAGUGUUUCGCUGUGCGCUCUCUGGGCUGGGUGGAGAUGUCCGAAGAGGAAAUGGCACCGGGACGGAGUAGCGUGGCCGUGAACAACUGCAUUCGACAGCUCUCCUACCACAAGCAUAACCUCCACGACACAGCGGGCAUCUGGGGAGAGGGCAAGGACAUGCUGAUGGUGCUGGAGAAUGAGCACAUGAACCUGAUCGACCCAAUGAGCCAGACCCGGCUGCACACCCAGCCCAUCGUCAGCAUCCGUGUGUGGGGCGUGGGUCGUGACAACGGCAGAGAAAGGGAUUUUGCAUACGUGGCUCGAGACAACCUGACCCAGGUCCUGAAGUGUCAUGUGUUCCGCUGUGACACCCCUGCCAAGCACAUCGCCACCAGCCUGCAUGACCUGUGCUCUAAGAUAAUGGCGGAGAGAAGAAUUUCCAGGCAUGGUCUGAGUCGCCUCAACUCUGACCCCUCCAGUCUGGGAGCCAUAUCUGUGCAAGAAUUCCCUGUGCCAAAAAAUGAGCUGGUCCAGCGUUUCAAUGUCAACUAUCUUGGUAAUGUGCCUGUGGCUAAGCCAGUAGGUAAGGAACGCUUGGGCAUGGACACCAUCAAUGACGCCCUACAAGCCAUAAUGGACAGCAAAGAGAAGCACGAGUGGACAGCGGUGUCUGUGGACGUGGCUCCGGCAACACUGACCAUCUUAAAACGAGAGACGGAGGAGGUCCUGUGUGAGUGUCGUGUGCGUUUCCUCUCCUUCAUGGGCGUGGGGAAGGACGUUCACACCUUUGCCUUCAUCAUGGCGGAGGCACCCGGUGACUUUGUGUGCCACAUGUUCUGGUGCCAUCCCAACGCUGCCAGCCUGAGCGAGGCCGUGCAGGCAGCAUGCAUGCUGCGUUAUCAAAAGUGUCUGGAUGCGCGGCCCCCCAGCCUGGGAUCCUGCCUGCCCACGCCCCCAGCAGACUCGGUGGCCCGACGGGUCAGGAAGGGAGUGCAGAGCCUGCUGGGCAGCUUCAAGCACUACACCUCCACCGACUAGUCUCCCUGAGGCACAGACGCACGCACACGCACACACACACACACACACACACACACACACACACACACACACACACACACACACAAAUGUACACAGACAUACACAUACAGUUAAAGGAAGAGGCAACCCAAUCAUUGAAAAUUCGCUCAUUAUCUAGUCAACUUAUAACAGUAGUCAAGCAGUUUCUUCCCUCUGAAAAGCUAGGUAUAUUUGUCAGUAGUCUUGCGUAGCCAGAUCAUUUGAACUGCUGCCUCUGCUUACAAGCGACGGCAGCAGCUCUCACCUCUGCUGUUUUGCUGCUUUGAGUUCUGCCUUCAAGGAGCGUUAGAUUUAACUGGAAUGUUCCAAAUGCACCGAACGCAGAAAAAUAGUUAUCCAGAAGAAUGUGCCCCCAACUGAUCAACCAGUCAGUUCUGUUUAGCUGUUUCUGUGCUCGACUCAUCAAACUACUGUUAGCAUGGGGAGGAGUAGAUAGUGACAGAACCUUCAGUUUGGGUUGACUGUCCCUUUCGUUCAAAAGCAUUACACAUAAAUACACACACAUACAGAGACACAGAUAUAGACAUUUUAACACAUAGAGUAGAUAAGUAGAGUAGAAAAUACACUAGACACAGUACUUGCACACACAAUCACACAUACACACAAAAGCAGCUCAUCUCAGCUGUCAAGCCUCUUUGUAAUAAUGCAUGACUCGGUGGCGAUAAUAAUCUCUGGCACUUCGAAAUAAGUUUAGUUCUUAUUUUUUUAAUCAGGUGCAGCAAAUUAAUCUAUUUUGACCGUGGGAUGUUAACCGUGUUAUAGUCUGUAGCUUUCAGGGUUGUUCAUGAAUAUCAAAAAUUGUUUACAUCAUGUUCAGUUGCACCAGUGUCCAAGUGGCAUCUUGCCUUGUUUUUUUUAGCGUUUAGUAGCUACCUUGUCGUUUUGGUUUCUCUUGCUUUUCAGCAUUUGUUUUUAAUAAUCGCUGCGUUUAAAAGUGAUGUACAGUAAUAGAACAUUAGUAUGCAAUUACACUGCAAAUAAUUCAAUAGGGAAGGUAGCCACGAAUUAGUCAAACAGAAUGCCACCGUCUUUCACAAAAAUGUUAACACACCUUUUACAGUUUAAAAAAAGUUGGUAAUGAUAAAUGUGUGUUUAAAAUAUAGUGUGUCAUGGUGUUAGACUGUAGAGGAGUUACAUUUGUCUCUGUACCUUGUAUGCACUUGUCUCAAAUCACAAGUCCUUAUCAGAAACGCCAUGUUUGUGAUUUAGCAUAGAGCUUUAUGUCAACUCGACGAAGAAAGUAGUAUGCACUUAUUUCACAGUUCUGAGGAAUGUGUCCCAAGUCCUCCAAAGACAGUUUUGUCAAAGUAAUGUCAAGACAAAAACCACAAACAUCCACCGAAGCAGAUGUCCAUGUAACAUAGCGCUUUCUCAUACGUUUGCAUGAAAGUGGAGCCAACUCACUACAGUACUUGUGUGCAAUAAUAAGCCGCGCCCGUUGGCCCCCCUUCGAAUAGGGCAUAGCCUUCAUUUAAGGCUUGGGGUGGCGCCAGUCAGCUUUGUCGGGACCACCGGGGCGACUGGUGUGUCGCUCCACCGAAGAGACUUCCACGAGUCUGUGCGCUUUCCCCCCCGCGCGAAACAUCGGCCAGCGCAGCGUCUCUGCUGCAGCAGGAGUUGGCUUACGGCUGCAUGUCAGGCACACCUUAUUAGUGCUGUCACGCAUCUCCACACACUGCAUGUUUAAAUAACUUUGAGUAAUAAAACAUGUAAGUGCUGACGUGACGCGGAAAGUUACACCACCGCCGAUGCCAGCAUUUACGCCUCAGUCCUCCGAGCUCCCUCUGAGGGCCUGGAGUAUGUAGUAGUUUAGUGUAUGUGUGUGUGUUGUGUGCGUGAGAGUGUGGGUGUGACUGUGUGUGUGUUUGUAGGGAAUGCCAUAUUAGUAGUGUCUGUGUCAGUGUAGAUGUGGAAUUAGAUUAGAUCUCCUGGUCGUUUGAUAUCCACCGAAUAGCAGAAAGCAUGUCAUUGCCUCUCCAUCCCACCCUGAGACCCCCACCCCCACCCCUGCCACCCAAGCCCACUCUCCUUGUACAGUGCCCCCUGCACAGCACUUCUCGUAGGCAAGCCGGCUGUUGGGUUUCUUCUUUCUUUCACACUCUUUGUACUCUUCUCAGGCCCCUGGCCUCCCUGGAAAUGUGUUUUGUAUCGUUUUGCACACGACAUAGUGUACACCACUGCGUAGAAGUUGCACACGGCCUCUUUGUAGGUGAAAUGUCUUAGAAUACUGUACGGCAGAGAAUGCCUGUCAGAAAUAUUCAUGUUUUGUUGAUUAAUUUGUGUUGAGAAAAUAAGAUUGUCAAGUUUAACUAUACGAGGCGCCAGUCUUUAUCCAUAUUGUAAUUGGACUCCUGUCAAAUGGAAUUAGCAAAAUCCUGGAUUUCCUGUCUUCAAACAAACAAGGGUGUUUAAUCCACCUUUUAAAUGAACACUAAUGAAUCGUUUAGCUUAACCAUUCAUUUGUAGGAUGUUUGCUUUUGCUUGUGCUAAACACAUAUCCUUGUCAAAAUUCAGAGAAAACUGCCCCCCCCCCCCUUUUUUUUUUCUUCUCCUUUGUAAAUAAUUGAUACUAAAUACAAGCCAGAACAUUGGACAUCUCAUUCAUUAAUUUUAUUUAUUUAAAAAAUGUGUAAAUGUGGUGUAAAACAUGUAUAUAAAAGUCACUGCAAAAAAAAAUUAUAAUAAAUGUGUAUGUCUUGUG